GUGAAAAAGAUAUUGGAUAUUGGACAUUGUUACACUGUAGGUGGAGACUAUAGUGCAGCGCGACUGAACUCAAAUCAAAUUUGAAAGGCCUUGAUUUAACCGCUUCUGGAAAGGCUUAUAAAUUAUCGAGUUGACGCACCAAUCGUCACAUCACAGUUUGACCUUCACGUCUCAGCUACCUCAGCGAAUGAAUGAUGUCUGAGUCUUCAGUUUUGCGUGCUUGUGAUACUUUCCUUUUUGACUGUGAUGGUGUUCUCUGGAAUUCUAACGUCCUUAUCCCAUCGUCUCGAGAGCUUUUGCAGUACUUGCUCGACUGUAAAAAGAACGUGUUUUUAAUUACCAAUAAUAGCAGAAGAUCUGUAAAAGAAUACGUCUCUAAGUGUCAAGGCUUAGAACUCCCAGUUUCGGAAAAAAAUAUAAUAUGCACAGCCCGUGUUGCUGCUUACUUCCUUCGAGAAAAAAUAUCCGAUGGGGAAGUAUAUGUGGUUGGUGAAAGUGGGAUUAGCACUGAAUUAAAGGAAUUUGGAGUACCUCACUUUGGAAUAGGGCCUGAUUCCCCAAUCGAUUCGUCUAAUCCUCUUCAGGGAGUGGAAUUAAGACCAAAUGUGAAAGCUGUACUUGUCGGCUUUGAUGGUCAUUUUAAUUACAGGAAAUUGAUGCAAGGAGCUGCCUAUAUAAACAAUGGGGCUUCUUUCUACGCUACGAAUGAAGAUGCUCAACUACCAGGUGGAAAUGCCGUUUUGCCAGAAAAAUGCAGUUACUGGUGCAAGAGUUAUGUCAGCUUUAGCAUCUCUAUCUGCCUGACACGAAUUAGCAGUCCAUCAUAAAAUAGGUAACUAGAUGAUUGCUCGAUGAGAAGCACACAACGUCUCAUCCUAUCAAUUCACACCAGAAUGGUGACCUAUAAAUUUUGGUAGUAUAAAUCCCCUUAUUAAAAUUACAACAGCUUACUCCUAGAUAUAUCAUCUCAUGAAGUUAUUUUUGAUGUAUGAAACCUCUGACUAACAAACUGAUACCUUAACGUAGUUUCGUUGCAUAUGCUAGUGCUAGAUUCCUAUGUAAUUUCUCACUAAUUGACUGGAUCCCAUGGCUUCAUAGGCAAAAUGCUGUACAGCUUAUAUACUGAUAUCGCAUUUGGCAAUAAAUUUGGCUUGCACACGGUAUGCGUCUUGACAGGUGUCACCAAUCAAGCAUUAAUUAAUGAAGUGAACCGUUUACCAGAGAAUGAACUAUUGCGACCAAAAUAUGUUUUUCAAUCUGUUACGGAUAUUUUGUAUAUUUUGAAAGGAUAAAUCAAUUUACUGUUGUUUUACUCCUAUCUACUAUUAAAAUAUUGCGCCUUAUUUUCAUAUAUUUUUACUUGCCAGUGACUAUCUUCCAAUUAGUCCGUUCAGAUUUCCUGCUUUAUAUUGUGCGCCCAGUUCGUUUUUCAUAAUCAUGUCACAUAAGUAUUUGUAAAUAUAGAAUUGAAUAAUAAUUAUUGUCGUUCCUCUGAA